AGAAAUAGAUGCCGUCAUCCUUAUCCCUAACCUCCUGACCCCAACCACCCCACACAUCGUGCCAUGGAUUGUGCCGCCGCCCCGCUCAACGAUCAUGGUCGUCGCUCCCUACCCCAUCCGCCGUCGCUGCACCCCGCAUCAACCCUCUGCCGCCUCCACCGCAAACCAUCUCUCUCCUUGGACCUCUCUCUUGGACCAGUACGGGGCGGCGGCUGCUUCCAGUCGCGUGGUGGCGACAUGGCUGGUCGAGGGAACUCGGGUGAGGCUAACUAUCUAUCUGUCCCCACCUCAUGUUCCUCUUCUUCCAUCGAACAUCACGUCUGCGGUUACUGCCACACACGGCGCUCUCCUCUCCUACAGCGAUCCUGUUGUUCCCCUCCACACAUCGGACCACCAUGGCGCAGAAGUACCCGCAGAAAAUUGUGCUCUGGUAGCAAAUUCGGGUGUUCUAAGUCGGCUACCCGGCAAGUUCAGUUCAAUGUCCUGCACAGUGCACAGUAUAAUGCUACAUUGGAUGGCGCUAUUAAACACUUCGAGUUCAUGUGACAGAGCACAGGAAAAGAACUAUCGAAGGCAGGCCCCACCUCCGAUUGAUAUUAGGAAGGUGGAAGGUUGACUAGCCAUCUCUUCCUCUCCGUCGUCUCUCCAUGGUGUGCAUGUUAAGAACUUAUGCAACAGCGGACAUCAAUUUCAUGCAGCCGAUGGCAUCAACUUUUGUGGAGUGCUCUUCUGGGAUCUGGUACAAGUCCCUCCGACAUAAGAUAAGGUUUGGGCAUGCCAGAGGACAAAGCCAAUAAUCAAUUGCAAACUGAUCGUAUCGUACGCUGUUCACUAUCAACAUGUUUGGUUGGGUGGAAAAGUCCCUUUUCCGAUUCAGCGCUUUCGGAAGACAGUACAAGUCGUUUGGUUCAGCCCUUCUGUUUUAUGUUACGAUGCUAUCAGAUACAGCACUUCACUUCCGCGAAAACGUCCGAUCACGGCUCGAUACAGAAUCAUGUCCACUAAGUAUUCACUCGUGGCUGAGCCAAACAAAAAACAUAUUCUGGAGGAAAUAUUGGAAGCAUCGCUUCCCGAUAUUGAGAAUCGAAAACGAUACAAAUGUGGAACCAAACGCCUCCUAUAUUUCUUCAUCAGUUCCACUGGGAAAAUAUGGAAUGAUUAUGUAUCAAUAAAUCAUGUGUUAGUCCAGACACAAACAUCGAUGUAAAGCUCAAGGUUUGUUAAGUUGUUUGGUUGUA